AGAACACCUAAGGAAAUGGUGAAGGCUGUUGCUGUCUUGGGUAACAGUGAGGGCGUUAAGGGCACAAUUUACUUCGUCCAGGAAGGAGAUGGUCCAACCACCGUCACCGGAUCCAUCACUGGCCUCAAGCCUGGGCUUCAUGGCUUCCAUGUGCAUGCUCUUGGAGACACCACCAAUGGAUGCAUGUCAACUGGGCCUCAUUUUAAUCCUGCUGGAAAGUUACAUGGUGCUCCUGAAGAUGAAAACUGACAUGCUGGUGAUCUAGGCAAUGCCACUGCU